CCGGGUAACGCCAUUUUCACGCACCGCGCAGUCAGUCAGUCAUCCAGCCAGUGGACCAGCGAGCUGUCAGCUUCACCGGCGACUCGUCAACUUUUAAUUCAACCCCAUGAAGCCGCCAUCAACUUAGUUUUACGGACUGCCAUGGAACUUAAGGACAACAUGGUUUUCUGUAUUUAUGGUUCCGACUAAAGCCAGUGUUUUGACAGUUAGCCGGUUAGCUAUGUAGCUAGCUGGUCAUUAUUAACGGCGGUUGAUGCAGUGAAACCCAGAGGAACAUAUCCCAUUCAAAGACACUUUGGAUAUUGUGUUUUAAAAGUGACAUACUCUAUUUAUCGGCUAGAGUUGUACCUUUAAAGCAACACCAGUUUCAUUUAAAAAAGACGUGAUUUGGACGUCAAAAAGGCGAGAUAAAUUGACGUUACAUUGAAACUACUUUGGAAACGGAUGUCCCAGAGAACGAAUGCGUGAGGACAUGUCCACCAUGGUGUGCGUGAAGGAGGAGGAGGACCCUGGGGAGAAGCUUUCCCAGGAAGAGAUCAUCUCCCGGACCAAGCAGGUGAUCCAGGGGCUGGAGGCCCUGAAGCAGGAGCACCACUCCAUCCUGGACGGCCUGCUGGGCACGCUGCGCUGCCUGAAGCAGGAGGAGGAGGGCGUCCUGGUGGAGGAGAAGUCCCACAUGAUCCACAAGUCCAUGGAGAUGCUGGAGCUGGGGCUGAGCGAGGCACAGGUUAUGAUGGCGCUGUCGAGCCACCUGAGCUCAGUGGAGUCGGAGAAGCAGAAGCUGCGGGCUCAGGUGCGCCGGCUCUGCCAGGAGAACCAGUGGCUGAGGGACGAGCUGGCCGGGACGCAGCAGAAACUGCAGAAGAGCGAGCAGAGCGUCGCACAGCUGGAGGAGGAGAAGAAGCACCUGGAGUUCAUGAACCAGCUGAAGAAGUACGACGAGGACUUGUCCCCAUCUGAUGAGAAGGACUCUGACUCCAGUAAAGAGAAUCUGGAUGAUCUCUUCCCAGAUGACCACGACGACCAAGCUCCAGGCAUCCAGCCGUCUCAUGGCAGUGCUGCAGCAGCGGCUGCUCAGCAGGGGGGCUACGAGAUCCCGGCCCGCCUGAGGACCCUGCACAACCUGGUGAUCCAGUACGCCUCGCAGGGCCGCUACGAGGUGGCCGUGCCGCUCUGCAAACAGGCCCUGGAAGACCUGGAGAAGACCUCUGGACACGACCACCCAGACGUGGCCACCAUGCUCAACAUCCUCGCCCUUGUUUACAGGGAUCAGAACAAAUACAAGGAGGCAGCCAACCUGCUGAAUGAUGCUCUGGCCAUCAGAGAGAAGACCCUCGGCCGGGACCAUCCAGCUGUCGCUGCCACACUUAAUAACCUGGCUGUCCUGUAUGGGAAGAGGGGGAAGUACAAGGAAGCAGAGCCCCUGUGCAAGAGGGCGCUGGAGAUCAGAGAAAAGGUGCUGGGGAAGGACCACCCGGAUGUGGCCAAGCAGCUGAACAACCUGGCCCUGCUGUGUCAGAACCAGGGCAAGUACGAGGAGGUAGAGUACUACUACAUGAGAGCGCUGGAGAUCUACCAGACCAAGCUGGGCCAUGACGACCCCAACGUGGCCAAGACCAAGAACAACCUGGCGUCAUGUUACCUGAAGCAGGGCAAGUUCAAGCAAGCUGAGACUCUGUACAAAGAAAUCCUGACCCGCGCUCACGAGAGGGAGUUCGGCUCUGUUGAUGAUGAGAACAAACCAAUAUGGAUGCAUGCUGAGGAGAGAGAGGAACAAAGCAAGGGCAAGCAGAAGGACGGCUCACCUUUUGGGGAGUACGGAGGCUGGUACAAAGCCUGCAAAGUGGACAGCCCCACAGUGACGACCACCCUGAAGAACCUGGGCGCCCUCUACAGGCGGCAGGGCAAGUUCGAGGCGGCCGAGACCCUGGAGGAAGCUGCCAUGCGCUCCAGAAAGCAGGGUCUGGACACCAUGCAUAAGCAGCGCGUGGCGGAGGUCCUGAGCGAGCCUGAGGCCCGCGAGAAGCAGCGGAGCCGCGAGAGCUUGACCUCCGACACGGUGAAGUACGAGAGCGGGCCGGACGGUGGCGAGGAAGUGAGUAUGAGCGUGGAGUGGAACGGGGACGGCUCCGGCUCUCUGAAGAGGAGCGGCUCCUUCAGUAAACUGCGAGCGUCGAUCCGCCGCAGCAGCGAGAAACUCGUCCGCAAGCUGAAAGGCGGCGGCUCGUCCCGAGACAGCGAGCCCAAAAACCCCGGCAUGAAGCGGGCGAGCUCUCUGGGCGUUCUUAACGUGGCGGACAGAGCUGCCAUCGACCACUACCAAGAACGAAAUAAUCGUCUGAGUAAAAGUCGUGACCUGAGUGCCAGCCACACGGACCUGGCGCAUUGAAGGUCUGUGUCGACCCACGAGGAGCCUGUGAGGUCACUUCCUGUCCGGCCCCUCCUCACUGUAAACCCCCCUCCCCCCUUCAUUAUCCUUCAGCAUCACAAGUUCACAACAUGUGCUCACUGUACAGGCUGCUUUGCACUUUCUGAAGGUGUGUGGGGUUUUACACAUCGAGGAAGAAGAUGAAGAUACAGUUGUGUGUGUGUGUGUGUGUGUGUGUGUGUGUGUGUGUGUGUGUGUGUGUGUGUGUGUGUGUGUGUGUGUGUGUGUGUGUGUGUGUGUGUGUGUGUGUGUGUCUUAUGUGUGUUAGUGUGUUAGUGUGAGUGAUUGUCCUUUUUCAAUAUGUAAUGCUUUUGCUUACAUGAAAGCAGAUGCAGAGUGGAGCUUUAGUGUUAAACAUUUCUCUGACAGCCCAUUGCUAAAUGGCACGAGUUAAAUCAAAGUGGGUGAACUAGCUUUGCGACCUCUGAAGCCUAAAUCCUAAACAAACCAUGCUAUAAAGGGUCAAAUUCACUUGAUAUUUUGUUGAAUUUUCAUUAUGUUGUUAUCUCAAGAUGGUUACACGUGUGUCUUCCACAUGCUGUUGUUUUUGUGCUUUUUUAAUUUCCCCCUAGUGGAUAUGCUGAAAACUCAGAAAGAAUUUGAAAUAUUGAAAAAAGAACUCUAACAUCCUGUAGUUCACUGUAGCUCAUUCAUUGACGAGGUUUCAGUCUGUAAACCUUCAUCAAGUUGAAUGAAUUUUGUUAAGCACAGCUUUAGAGUUUAUCACAGUUUUCAGAAAGUGAUAUCACUAAUGAGCUCAUGAGGGAAUCAGGAAGUACAUAACUUAAGGAAACUUUGUUAUUAACUUUGACAUAUUAAAUACUUUAUAUAACUUCACCCAUUGAGAUUUAACUCAAGCAAUGAGAUACAGAACAAUGUUUUUAAUUGGUAAAGCUGCAGCCACUGCAGAGAAAGUCCAGCAAUGACGUCUCUCUAGGCUGAACCGGACGUUAGCUUAGCUCUGCGUUAGCUUAGCGCUAAACUACAAUCUGCAGAUUUCUAAAUGAAGUUCUGAACUGGGUUAAUUAAAGAGGCCCUAUUGAGCCUUUUGAGGUUUUCCUUUUCCUGUAGUGUGUUAUAUACUGUAGGUUCUUGUGCAUGUCAAUGGUCUGCAAAGGCUAAAAUCUCAUGUGUUCUCUUAAAUAUGUUUCUCUCCCUCAACACAAAUGUUGGAGUCCUGUGGAGGAAAAACUCAACUCUUUAGAAAAGUGACUCUCCUAAAAUGUUCCGUCCUGCGCUGAUAGAAGAUUUUGCUUUUGCUGUAUGAAGGUCUACGUUUACAUUUGGGUUUAUUUUUGUAAAUGAUGUUUUAUGUUAUUCUGUCCUCGCGCUGCUCUGAAGAGUUUAUCUUUCUAUCUUCCUGUAUAAAAAACGCUCUCAGGAUCUCUCACUGUGGAAGCAUCUCCACUUUUACACUUUAACGGAGAAAAAGUUACAACAUUUAUGUUUACUUCCUGGUAUAUUCGUAUUAAAUCAAGACAACACUUUAAAAAGAGUGGGAAAAAAACAACCAAAAAGUAGAAAUUGUGUAAUUUAGUUAAAUAGAGAUUUAAGAUGCAAAUUAAAAACAUGUAUAUUUGCUUUUACCAAAAUAAGAGGGAGUAUUUCUCCUGUAAAUAGUUAUAAAUAUAGAUAUGGUUUAAUGAUAAAUAUCAUUGUAUGUUAGGGAUUCACUUUUGAAAUAAUUUAAUAAUCUAAUAAUAUACAUGACAACAAAUAACAAAGUUUAUUCUGCAUCACAUAAAUGAAGUUGUAAACUGCAGAACUGCAGAAGUUAUUUGAUAUAUUUUCCUAUAAGACAAUGAAACGCUGAAAACCCUAACACCAGAAAAGCUGUUGGAAUAAUUAAAGAAAAUAUAUAAUCUGCCAGCUUUUGAUACUUAUUUUUGAUAUCUGCAAGACACACUUUUCUGUCUUUAACCAAACAAUGUGGACCCUGAACAGAUUUAGACUUUGUACAUCUUUUAAAAAGGACUCAUGUUUCCAAAAAAACACCAUCAGGCUGAAUUGACUAAAUUCUUCUUCAAGUUCAGAUUUUUGUAAACAAAACAAACUGCAAUCACUGUUAAGGGAUUUUAACUGGGGACAUUGGGACACACAAUUGAAAUAAAUCAAACAUAAUAAUUGUACCGACUAAAUCAAAUCAAAUGUUGAACCUGUGCAUAGUAUGGGGAUUUGUUUUAUAAUAUUGAAGAUAACAUUAACUUUAAUUGUUGUAUGAAGCUUUGGUUUUAUUGUUGGAAAAACUGUCAUUUGUCAUUUAUUUAAUUAAAUAUAUUACAUUCUUUAAUACAAAUGUAAAGAAUUUAAAUGAAGGCUUUCAGUAAAAAUAUUAUAUAUAAAUCUAUUUUUUCCUUAUUAAAAGAACAAAAAUGAAGCCCUGAAAUGUAAAUAAAAAACUAAGAAAUGGAUUUGAUCAAAUGAAUAAUAUUUGUGGUAAUUUUUCCUUCUGUGCCUGCAAUAAUUAAAUCUAAGUCGCGGUGAUUUUUAUAAAAUGCUAAAAAUUAAAUGUUCUGAAUGAAGUGUAUUUUUAUUUUCUUUGUAGCGGUGAUUUUAUCUGUUUGACGUCGCAGAGUCAGGUGUGUUGAAGCUUCUAGUCGACUGUUGAUCAGUCUUCUUAUUGUCAGAGGAUCCACAAAGUAACGAGGCACAUAACCUAAACAUGUUGGAUGGUUUUGAGGAACUGGGCCACAUUUUGGGCAAAUCCAGACAGGCAACACUUAUAGCAACUUGAGUUUCUCCUGAAAACUACAAGAAGAAAACUUUAUAUUACAUUAUAGUUUUAUUUUAUCAUUACUAAUUGUGUCUUUCUAGUGUCUAAUAAUGAUAUGAUGAAUGACAAACUGAAACUGGACACAUGUUAAAAUCUGAUUGGAAGUGAUUUUGAAGUUGUGUUUUACAAUUACACAUAACAAUUACGAAAUAAAAAAGAAAUGUUCCUUUUAAUAUUUGUUUGUAUGUAUUUGUAUAUAUAUUGUAUAUAUACUGUAAUAUAUAUAUAUAUAUAUAAUACAUGCUAAUAAUAUUGCUCUGUUUGAGUAAAGCUGAGGCUGUUGCUUAGUGUUUUGUCAGAGAGGUUGCUCAAACUGUUGCCCCGUGAAAGAAACUAUGAAUCAAAACACAAGACUAUUUCUGAUGACGUGAAUGUAAAUGUAUGGAUUUAUGGAAGUGCAGCCAACAAAGAAAAGUUUUGUGUUUCUUGUGUCCUUUUUUUAUUUCUUCUUCUUAUAGUUUUAUUUGUGUUAUUUCAUCUCCCUGUCUGUGGACCGUGUUGUUGUGUGGAGCGGUGACGUGAACGGUUAAGAUAACAGUAAGGUCUCAGGUUUUAUAUACGUUUUAUUAACAAAAAAACAAUUGAAUGAAUAAGGUUCAUAUCAUAAGAUAUUUUGUUAUGUGUCUGCAGAAAAAUAAACAAACCCUUUUUUCUGCAUCUUCCUCAUGCAUCGCUUCACACAGUGACAUCAGGGCUCCUAAAUCUGCAUUUAACUGGGCACAAUGAUUAAAUCAAUACAAGAUUUAAUGUUAAGUUGUCCUGCAGAAAGUUUUUUUUGUGUGUAAAAGGAAAUUAUUUUGCAGCCCUUCAUGUUAAAUAUGAAACAAAAGUGUCCCCUCUGUAUAUGUUGCAUGUACAGAAAAGGUUCCUGGAUGAAAUUGACAGACGUGUAAGCUUUUAUUGUUUUAGACAGAACUGUAUUCCUUUUAUGGUGUCUAGAGAUUAAUAACAACAACAUAUUCAACUGUGAGUUGUUUUUACUUUCAAAUGUCUCUGUAAUUGUGGAAAGGUUUGUCUGCAAACUGAUUCUACACUCUGCAUUUGAAUAAACAGUCAAAUUCCUCAA